ACCGUCUUGGCUUUCAAGAACAGCAUCGAAGCAACACGAACCCCCAAGUCCCCAACCACUCUCUCUCUCUUCCGUCACACACAAUCACACAUACUUAACCCAAUCCCUAUUACUCAUUCUUUUUCUGGAUUCCUCACUCACUCCGUCACUUAACCAAUCUCCAUUCUUCUUCAUCCACCGAGAUUUUUUGUUUGUUUUUUGAGGUUGACUGUGAGUGAGAGUGGGAAAUAGACAUGUACGUUAAUUCCAUGAGAAAGUCCUUCAAGGACUCCCUCAAGCUCCUUGAAGCUGAUAUUCAACACGCCAAUACCCUGGCGUCAGAUUUUUCAAGGGAGUAUGAUGGUGCAUGCCUUCAGAUGAGAAUGUCAUACAGUCCAGCUGCACACCUCUUUCUUUUUUUGGUGCAAUGGACUGAUUGUCACCUUGCGGGAGCCCUGGGAUUGUUGAGAAUCCUAAUUUACAAGGUGUAUGUGGAUGGGACAACCACCAUGUCUACCCAGGAAAGGAAAGCAAGUAUUAGAGAAUUCUAUGCGGUCAUAUAUCCCUCUUUGUUGCAACUUCAAAAGGGGGUCACUGAUACGGAGGAUAAGAAACAAAAGGCUAUGUGCAUGGAGAGGUAUCGUAAAAGAGAUGAUGAGGAGUAUUGGCAGUCUUCUGACAUAGACAUUGAAAGAGAAGAUGAAUGUGGGAUAUGCAUGGAAAUGAAUGGCAAAGUUGUGUUGCCCAACUGCAAUCAUGCCAUGUGCCUGAAAUGUUACCGAGAAUGGCGAACAAUCUCUCAGUCAUGCCCAUUUUGCCGAGACAGUCUGAAGAGGGUAAACUCUGGCGAUCUCUGGGUUUUCACUGACAGGAGAGACAUAGUAGAUAUGGCAACAGUAACAAGGGAGAAUCUUAGAAGGCUUUAUAUGUACAUAGACAAGUUGCCUUUGGUUGUUCCGGACUCCUUUUUUGAGGCCUAUGACUCUCACAUAAGGUAACCAUAAGUGUGACUGCAACAGACAGAUUUUAAUGUAUGCUGUUGUCUUCGGGUGGAUACUAAUUCCCCUCCAGUUGGAGUUCUAGCGACGUAAAAGCCCAAGCUCAACCCGGAUUCUGCAAAAUCUAGUUUAUAUAUAUAUAUUAUAAAUAUCUAUAUCUAUAUAUCUAUAGAGAGUUGCAGCGGUUUGCUUCCCACUUCUACCAGAAAUAUCCAGCCCUGUGUUGUUUUGGGUUGGUGGUGAAGUUGAGAUGUUGGUAAAUUGUAUGUAGCUUAGCUCAUUUGUAUAUCCUGUACAGAUCCAAAUCCAAUUACUUAUUAACAAGAGAUUUGCACAUUCUGUUCCUUUUCAUUUU